UCAAAUUAAUGGGGAAAUUGUCGCUUUCUCGGUCCGAAUCUCUCUCACUUCGUGCGGCCAUCAUUGUAAACAAUAGGGAACUUUGCGUAUAUGUUCAACUGACUACGUCACGCUACUUCCGUGGAGCUCGAGAUCCUGUUUACUGUGGACUAGCUGUGUGUGACGCCCUGUUUUUGUUUCCAUUAAAAAAAAAAGCAUCAUCUAUUGCCUGGAUUGCCUGGAUUUUUGUUUACUAUUGCUCCUGCUGCGUUCGCUUAAUCAAUUCUUACCACCUUGGGGCACCAUUCAGGAUGCCUUUUCAUCUGGUUAAAUUUGUAAUGAACGGGGACAUUGCGGAUGUCCCAAGUGGAUGGUACAAUGAUGGGAUGGUUUUCUGGCCCACCUAUAAAAAUACAGACAGAAUUAAAAGGGCCGCUUUAAAGGAGGAGCAGCAUGAGACAAACUGGCCAAGAUUUGACGUUCGUGUUGUCCGAACUUGUGACAACUACAAAGAAUAUAAAAUAAUGCAGCAAUAUGGAAAGGGCUGCGACACCUCAGACCUGCAAUCUGAGGCAGAGAAUGAGGAGCUGCCAGAAAAAAGGAGCAGGAAGCCAGUCCAUUGUCUCGGGGACUCGGAUGAUAGCGAGGAAGACCCGGGAAAUAGUGACCUCGCAUCUCUGGGGUCGGCAAGCCAAUUGCACAGGCAGACUCCACCGUCUCGCCGAGUGCCAGCAACAGUCAUGAGUACUUGUCAACUCGACUCCUCAACUGGAGAUAACUUGCCAGCACCUCACCAUGGGGAAGGACGCAUUCAUAUGCCUUCACCAGCACCUGCAUUAAACAUGCAGAGAGUUACACAAGGAACGGCAGUCCCUCCUCGACUCCCCCCGCCCGCACCAGCAGCCCUCAACAUGUGGCAGACUCAGGAGCCUGGAUCCAGCCUGGCCUACAGGCCAGCAUGGCGAGGGGGAAGAAUGGCCAACAACAUUUCCUGCUCUGCGCCUGAGAUAAUCCAGAUCCUUAGCCUGCUGGAACACAUGAAGCACAACCAAGACCAGCUGAUUGUGAAGGUCAACUUCUUAACCAGCAAGUUGACCAGUACCCCGGGACCAGAAGUUGAAAUGCCGGCCAAUAUCCAGUUUCCACUGGAACAGUUGGAGGCAGUGGAGGCAUUUGAGGCAUUUUUGAUUGAACCAUCAAAUGGCCCAGCUCGACAAAGAGUGGUGCUGUGAGAAAAAAUGUGUUGAAAAGGUCAGCCACGGACGAUGAGGUCACCAAACACGCGAUCAGGUGGUUCAACCUGACGGGGGAUCGGGCAACGAGGAGACGAGUCACGCCUCCACCUCCUCAGGAGGAAUAGAAAUGUAUAUGUAUAAAUAAACAACCUUUUAUUGAACUUCUUGUCAUUCACCAGU